CGGUGCGGGUCGCGCUCCUCGGGCUCCGCCGCGGCCGCCGGUGCCGCCGCACCGCCCGCCGCCGCCGCUCCUCGCCGUUCCCCUAUGGAAGAGAUGGAAGAGGAGCUGAAAUGCCCGGUGUGCGGCUCCUUCUACCGGGAGCCCAUCAUCCUGCCCUGCUCGCACAACCUGUGCCAGGCGUGCGCCCGCAACAUCCUGGUGCAGACGCCGGACUCGGAGUCCCCGCAGAGCCGCCGCGCCUCGGGCUCGGCCGUCUCCGACUAUGACUACCUGGACCUGGACAAGAUGAGCCUGUACAGCGAGGCGGACAGCGGCUACGGCUCCUACGGGGGGUUCGCCAGCGCUCCCACCACGCCGUGCCAGAAGUCCCCGAACGGGGUGCGGGUGUUCCCGCCGGCCGCCCCGCCGCCCCCCGCCGCGCUGGCGCCGCCGCCGCCGCCGCGCAACGCGUGCCUGACCUGCCCGCAGUGCCACCGCAGCCUGGUGCUGGACGAGCGCGGGCUGCGGGGCUUCCCCCGCAACCGGCUGCUCGAGGGCGUCAUCGACCGCUACCAGCAGGGCAGGGCGGCGGCCCUGCGGUGCCAGCUCUGCGAGAAGGCGCCCAAGGAGGCGGCCGUGAUGUGCGAGCAGUGCGACGUGUUCUACUGCGACCCGUGCCGCCUGCGGUGCCACCCGCCGCGGGGGCCGCUGGCCAAGCACCGCCUGGUCCCCCCGGCCCAGGGCCGCGUCAGCCGCCGGCUCAGCCCCCGCAAGAUCUCCACCUGCACCGACCACGAGCUGGAGAACCACAGCAUGUACUGCGUGCAGUGCAAGAGCCCCGUCUGCUACCAGUGCCUGGAGGAGGGCAAGCACUCCAGCCACGAGGUCAAGGCGCUGGGAGCCAUGUGGAAGCUCCACAAGAGCCAGCUUUCCCAGGCCUUGAACGGUUUGUCAGACAGAGCCAAGGAAGCAAAAGAGUUCCUGGUCCAGCUCCGGAACAUGGUGCAGCAAAUCCAGGAGAACAGUGUGGAGUUCGAGGCCUGCCUGGUGGCCCAGUGUGACGCCCUCAUCGACGCCCUCAACAGAAGGAAAGCCCAGCUGCUGUCCCGGGUCAACAAGGAGCACGAGCACAAGCUGAAGGUGGUGCGGGACCAGAUCUCCCACUGCACGGUGAAGCUGCGCCAGACCACGGGCCUGAUGGAAUAUUGCCUGGAGGUCAUCAAGGAGAACGAUCCCAGCGGGUUCCUGCAGAUCUCCGAUGCUCUCAUCAGGAGAGUGCACCUGACCGAGGACCAGUGGGGAAAGGGGACACUCACCCCCCGCAUGACCACGGACUUUGACCUGAACCUCGACAACGCCCCUCUGCUCCAAUCCAUCCACCAGCUGGACUUUGUCCAGAUGAAAGUUUCCUCCCCAGUGCCGGCCCCGCCGAUCCUGCAGCUGGAGGAGUGCUGCACCCACAACAACAGUGCCACCCUGUCCUGGAAGCAGCCCCCCUUGUCCACGGUGCAGGUGGAAGGAUACAUCCUGGAGCUGGAUGAUGGGAACGGCGGCCAGUUCAGGGAGGUGUACGUGGGCAAGGAGACCAUGUGCACGGUGGACGGGCUGCACUUCAACAGCACCUACAGCGCCCGGGUCAAGGCCUUCAACAAGUCAGGAGUCAGCCCCUACAGCAAGACCCUGGUGCUCCAGACAUCCGAGGACACGCAGUCAGAAGAACAGACCCUCCCUUUUCCAGUGCCUUUGGAAAGAUCGCAGCUUCGUAGAAUGAGUCCUUUCUCCUCCACCCUUAACCUGCAACCCAGCUUCUCGGGGAGAUCCUACUUUGAGCUAAGAUCUUCGGCCCACCAGCUGAGCUUGCAUUCUUCCUUACAGUCCCUGAAUUCAGCCGGAUGCAAUUUUGACACACAAGGAUCGCCUUACUCUCAAUUAGUUGACAUUAAAAAAAUGGUGGCAGUGGCUUGGUUCUCUUUCGAUCCUUCCUCUGCCCACGCUGACAUCAUCUUUUCCAACGACAACCUGACUGUCACCUGCAACAGCUACGAUGACAGGGUUGUGCUGGGGAAAACGGGCUUUUCCAAAGGGCUCCAUUACUGGGAGCUGUCGAUCGAUCGGUACGACAACCACCCCGACCCGGCCUUCGGCGUGGCACGCAUCGACGUCCUGAAGGAUGCCAUGCUGGGCAAGGACGACAAGGCCUGGGCCAUGUACGUGGACAACAACAGGAGCUGGUUCAUGCACAACAACUCCCACACCAACAGAACCGAGGGCGGGAUAACGAAAGGUGCCACGGUGGGAGUGCUGCUGGAUCUGACCAGGAGGACUUUGACGUUCUCCAUCAACGAGGACCAGCAGGGGCCCGUCGCCUUCGAGAACCUGGAGGGCCUCUUCUUCCCCGCCGUCAGCCUCAACAGGAACGUGCAGGUGACUUUGCACACCGGGCUGCCGGUCCCCGAAUUCUACGCUUCGCGCUCGGCCAUGCCGUGAGGAUGCUCCCGGAGCCGGCUGCCUCUUCUCGGGAUGAGAGGAGCCAGCCUGUUCCCUCCUGCAGGACAAGGCCGGCCACGCAGCCGCUGGGGCCCUGCUCAGCUGCCGGGUCCCUGCUCAGUUGCCAGAUCCCUGCUCGGCCUCUGGCCGGAGACCGGGAGGGAAAGCGGGAAGGAAGCCCCGACUUUCGGCCGUCCCCGCUCUCCGUCCUCCGCGCUGUCCUGUGUGUGUGCGCUUCGCUCUUUAGCUCUUCCUGGCUGAUGAAGUACUUAGGUAGCCUGAGCUGUUCUCCUGUGUCCGCUUUUAGGUUUGGUUUUACCGAUUUCAGUUGGGGUUUUUGGGGGGCGGUCCUGUCUCGUUCCACAGAGCGCUCUCCCCCCCGCUCCGUGGGGCCGGACAGAGGGACCCCCACCACGGGAAAGCUUCCGCCCCUGCCAGCCCGGUUACUUUGCAGGAUAUUUCUUUCCCCUGUGGCCUUUCUUGCAGAGCACCCUCGGUCAUGUGUAGAGGUGGGUCCUGGAUUACCAGUCAGUCUCCAUGUCCUUACCAAAACGCCCGACUCUGUCCCGUGUUCCCCUGGGGCGCAGCGGUGGGGCAGGGGUGGCCACCCUAUUCCCGGGUGCUCCAGGUGCUGGCAGGCCCUCGGGUCAACGCCAAGCACCCACAGGGAGGUUUCUUCCCUGGCUCCCCACACCCCAGUGCCAGCACACACGCCACAGCCAUAGGCCGGAGAGCCCUCGCCCGGCUCUCUGGAGAUUAGUGUUUAUUUUUUUAUAGUUGCCAUAUAAAGCCUAGCCUUAAAUUGAACUGAUAGUGUCCUUCCGAUCACCGGAGAAUCCAUUCUGCAGUGAGGGGCUGACGGGGAGCCCGGGGAUGGGGUUGGGAUGGGAUGGGGAGGAAGGAGAGUGGCCACAGCCCUGCCACGCACUCAGGAAUACGCGCCCGCUGCCCUGCCUGCGCCUGCUGCCGGCAGCAGUUCCCGGCAGCCUCCACUCCCUACUUGACUUUCUGGUAAUUCAGAGGCAGGAGAGGACCGGGAGGUCAUGGGUGCCGUGCCCGGUGCCAGCCCCCAUUCCCGAGCCGAGGGCACCUGCAUGCUCAUGUCCCCACGCUUCGCUUUCCGGUCCCUCGCCGGCUCCCGGCACGGCUGGUGGAACCAGGACAGGCAGUGGGAUCACUACCCAGCAGGUGCCAGUGUUCCCAGCCUGGCUGGCUAUUCCCAGCCUGGCCGCAGAGCCGCAGCUCUUUGCUCCAGGGCCGGCUGGGAUGCGACGGGAAUCCCGGCCCAGCAGAAAGACAAGUGUAAAUAGCCCAUUCCCUACCAGCGUGCCCUCCUCUAGGACGGUCCCAUUCGUUCCCUCGUUGCUCUGGCAUUAAGUUUUCCUAAUUUAUUGGAUGGGUGCUAUCUCGUUGACUCACACCGAGGAGUUUCUCCCAGCUGCAGGAGAGCCGUGUUGCGGGACAACGCCGAGCAGCUCCUUGGUGAAUCCCUGAGGAGCCCCCGUGGCCGGCUCACCCGGGGCUCCUCUCCAGCCGUUCUCCCCCGUUCUUUAGGAUGUUCAUGGUGCUUAUUAGACCCCCAGUGAUUGUAAGACGUCGUCCCCCCGUGCCGCGAUGGUAGCUGCACUCAGCCGCUGUACUGACGAGAAGUGUCAUGUUUGCUGUUCUAAUAAAGGACUUUUAUGAGAGAA